AUGUACGGCCAGAUACUUGAAGGCAAUGGACACAAAAAAAGAAUGUCCUGCUCCUGUGUAACUAGACGUGUCAACCCGCUGCGGACAUUGGCCUUAGCUUGUGCAAAUGCUGGUUGCUGCGAGCAGAUGAGACAACCUGUGCACAAUUGUCGGGAGGACGCAUUAGGUAAGUCGCGCAAUGUGUCCUUCAUACACUCUGACGACGUCUUUGUGUCUGCUCAACAUAUGAACUCGCUUUUGGGACAGCCAAUCAAAAGGUGGUUGGAGAAGAGUCCACCUUUUCCCAGUCUCCAUCUCGUGGUUUCUGUUCUCACAUCGGCCCACAUCUUCGCGAGGCGUGACUGUGCUGGCCGCCAAAUAGGCGGCCGAGGCGAGUGGACGAAUGCUGAUUACAAAUGGCGCCGAUGGAAGGGAGGGGUCGAGAAUGUGAAGAUGAGCCGAGCUGUGAUUGAUUAUGUCUUGCAGCGAUUCAAGGCGUUCUGGUAUCGGUCGUGUGGACGGCAGCGACAGAGCCGAGGGGAGAAGAUCACUAACCGCUCGGCCGCCAUCGGCGACCGGUACAGACGGACCAAACUGUUGCCGAUGACGCCGGUCGAAAGGGGUCCGGCCAGGCCGGGCACUCGGGCCGGUCUACGUCAGCCCGGGCACUUGGCCGCCUCAAGCGGCCGGUCCGGACGGACGGGAUUGCCUCGAGGCGGUGACUGGGCGAGGCGGCACGAGGCACCUGCUCUGCCGCCGCGAGUCCGCAGGCCCAACCGGGCCGUGGGUCUGACGACGGCCCGGCCGGACCGAGGGCAGGGCAGUAGGGCGGCCCAACGCCCCGCAGAGCGGCUGCCCAGGCAACGGGUGGACGCCAGGCCGGCCGGUGAGAAGAAACAUUGUCCAUCCCCGACCCGGUCAGACACGGUCACUUUGGUCUCGUCUCUGUCCGGCCUGCUCGGCUCCAUCUCGAAGAUGGACUCGAGCCAGUCGCAGAGGCUGACCGGCCAAACUGCGUCUCACCGACCGGACGGGAAAAGGGCAGCUGGUCGGGCAGACGAGACGUCCGGUACCAGGAAACGGGUAACUAGGACGGACUCACAUGCAGACACCGAAUCACACGGUAGGGCAGACGAAUUGCGUAUUAGUAAAAAAGAGGUGAUGCGUCCGGACUCAUAUGCAAACAGUAAAGCACACGAUCGGAUAGACGGGUCGUGUGGUAUCAGGGACCAUGUGAUUUGGACGGACUCACAUGCUGACACCGGAUCACACGGCCAGGCAGAUGAGUCUUCCGGUGGCCAAAAACAGGUGAUCCGGAAGGACUUACAGGCAGACACA